AUGGUAUCAGGUGAACAGACUGAAGCGUGCGACGCGUCGUGUUGCUAUAAACCGGGACCCCGCGGUGGACAUCAGCUCGUUGUGGAUGCCACCACUGGUACGCUUUAUCUAUUCGGUGGCUGGAACGGAACAGAAGAUCUGGAUGAUUUGUGGUCAUAUGACACAAAGGCAGAGCGUUGGCAAUUGUUAUGUAGGCACAGUGGACUAGUCGGUGGACCAUCGCCGCGCUCAUGCCACAAGAUGGUACUAGAACCACGGAAGAAACGGCUCUACACAGUUGGAAGAUAUCUUGACAAUGCUCAAAGAUUGCCUGCCAAUAUGCGUGUGAGUAUAUUCUGUGUCUAUACUAUAAUAUAA